AUGCGUGACCCCACCUCCCCGCCAAGCCCUCGCCCCCACAUCUUGCGCACGCACCCGCGCGGACUCAUGGCCCUCCGGCCGCGAGUCGCAGCGCCACCCGCUGGCUGCCGCGCCCGCCGACCGGACGCGCUCGCCAGACUGUGCCGAGCGCUGGCGCUGGCCCUGCUCUUCGUCGCGGCGUGUGCCCACCACCUCAUCCAAUCCUUCACGCCAUGGCUGGCGAUCUUGGCGCCCAGGUUGGCAGCCGCCCUGGACGUCCGCGCGGGGAUGCGAGGCUGUCGGGGAUCUGGGGGAUCUCACGGAGUGAAGCCCAAGGCGCCGAGCGUGGUGUCGAUCGUCGUGACGGAGACGCGGCCGGGCAGGGCCUGCUGGGAGAGGAUUGGGGACCUUAUCAUGUGGUGCGCGCGGGCGGGGAUGAGAUACGUGUUCGUUUAUGAUCCCAGAGAUACGGCGUGGGAGGUUGCUUGCCGCGGUUGA